AUGUUGGCUGUUGGUAGCCCUUUUACCAGUCUUCGCACGAGCUCUAGUUGUAAUGCUUUGCUCAGGGAACUUCAGCAAAUAUGGAACGACAUUGGCGAGAGUGAAGCUGACAAAGACCGCAUGCUCCUAGAAUUGGAGAUGGAAUGCUUAGAAGUGUACCGGCGAAAGGUGGAGGAAGCUGCAAAUGCCAAGGCGCGGCUCCAUCAAUCCGUUGCAUUGAAGGAGGCUGAGGUUGCAACAUUGAUGGCUGCUCUCGGUGAACUAUCUUCUCCGAGUCAAAUUGAGAAGAGGUCCAAAACAUUGAAAGAAAAGCUUGCUUCUGUCACUCCCUUAGUAGAAGAAUUGAUGAAGAAGAAAGAAGAGCGUUUGAAACAAUUUGCUGAUAUAAAAGCCCAAAUCGAGAAGUUCAGCGUCGAGAUCUCGGGGUAUAGCAACCAUCUUAAUGAUCACAUGAACAUCAGUACUUUAAGCUUGGAAGAAACAGACCUGUCUUUGAGAAAGCUUAAUGAGUAUCAAACACAUCUUUGCACCUUACAGAAGGAGAAGUCUGAUCGACUUCAUAAGGUUUUGGAACAUGUUAGUGAGGUCCAUUCUCUCUGUAGUGUCCUUGGUUUGGAUUUCGGCCAGACCGUUAGCGAGGUGCAUCCGAGCUUAGAAAGAACGAGCGUCGAACAAGCUACAAAUAUCAGCAAUAGAACAUUGGAAGGCUUAGAACACACCAUUCUUACAUUGAAAACAGAAAGGAAAACUCGAAUCCAAAAGUUGAAGGACAUUUUGACAUCAUUAUUUGAGCUUUGGAAUUUGAUGGAUUCAUCACAUGAUGAAAAGCGUAAAUUUUCGCGGAUUACUUCCAUCAUGCGUGUAUCCGAAACAGAAGUCACCGAACCGGGUCUUCUCUCCACAGAGACAAUUGAACAGGCAUCAGCAGAAGUUGAGAGGUUAACUCAACUAAAAGCGGGUCGAAUGAAACAACUCGUCCUGAAGAGGAGGUCUGAGUUAGAGGAGAUUUGUAGAAUGGCUCACAUUGAAGCAGAUCCUAGCACAGCUCCAGAGAAAUCAAAUGCUUUGAUAGAUUCAGGACUACUAGAUCCUUCUGAGCUCCUUGCAAACAUUGAAGUGCAAAUCGUCAACGUGAAGGAAGAAGCCACCAGCAGAAAAGAAAUAAUGGAUAGAGUAGACCGUUGGCUAUCAGCAUGUGAGGAAGAAAAAUGGCUUGAAGAGUAUAAUCAAGACGAGAAUCGUUACAAUGCAGGGAGAGGUUCACAUGUUAAUCUGAAACGAGCAGAGCGAGCGAGAUUGAGUGUUAGCAAAAUCCCAGCUAUUGUUGAUAAUCUGAUAAACAGAACGUUGGCCUGGGAAGAUGAAAGGAAGACAAUGUUUCUCUAUGAUGGGGCGAGAUUGGUGGCUAUACUUGAAGACUAUAAAUUAAGUAGACAGCAGAGAGAAGAGGAGAAGAGGAGACACAGGGAUCAAAAGAAACUCCAAGAUAUGCUUCUCACUGAGAAGGAAGCUACGUACGGAUCUAAACCCAGUCCUCGGAGGAGCAACAGCUUUAGGAAGACGAAUGGAUAUCGAGCGAAUGGGAAUGGAUCAAUGACACCCACACCUCGUCGAAACUCUGUUGGUGGAGCGACCCCAGAGCUCUUGACUCCUAGAUCAUAUUCGGGUCGCCAAAAUGGAUACUUCAAAGAAAUGAGGAGGUUGUCUACUGCACCAUUGAACUUUGUGGCAAUGUCCAGGGAUGAUACAAUGUCAUAUGCUUCCAUUUAUGAAGGAUCUGACACAGGUUCCCCUCCCCAGAGUUAAAUCUCAAUGCAUCAUGGAAGGAUGCAACGGUCACAAACUGGAUAUUCGUAUAGAUGAAUCAGCAACCUUGUGAAUAUGAAACAAAUUAUAAACUGAUAGAACGACUCGAAGGAAGGAGUGCGACUAACAGGUCUAGAAGAAGGCUUAAAAGACGGUGUUUUAGUAAGUAGCCAGCCCCCUGUAUGUUAUAAAAUAGGUAGGGACAAUAACAGAUAAGAAGCUCAAAACCAUGCAUCUAAUGUCUUGUAUGUUGAAGAAAUAGAAAGAUUGAUAUAAUAGGGAUUGCGACCACAAUGUUCUGUGGAUUUUGUUAGUGUUUCAUGAGUUCUGUAUAUAUUUAUCUUCCUCAAACAAAAACAACCAUUUGUUUUAAGAUUAUUUAUCUUUUGGAGAUGCAUAAUAAUUCAGGUGUGUUUUAGCCA